AUGUUACGUACAUCAUCAUUUAUUAGACACUUUUUUAGCACAAGAACCGCAUGUUCAGUUCCUAGAAAGUCUCUAAAAGAAACACUGAAGGAACUCAUCCCUGAACGUAAGGAAAAGUUCUUAAAGCUCAAGAAAAACUACCACAAUGUAGAGAUUGGUAGAAUCACUAUCGGUUCAGUGACCACUGGAAUGCGCGGGAAUAAAUCGAUUUUUUGGGAAGGUUCUACCGUAGACCCGAAUAAAGGUAUCACAUUCCAUGGGAAGACUAUCGGAGAAUGCCAACAACAAUUACCAGGUGAUGAAUUUGGGUAUUUCCAUCCUGAAGCAAUCCUAUGGUAUCUAAUGACCAAACAAAUUCCCACAUCUCAACAAGUUCAACAUUUGACAGAAGAAUUGGCAGAAAGAGGAUCACCGAAGAACUUUCCUGAACUUACCUCGAAAAUAAUAGAUAUGCUACCACCAGAUACACAUCCUAUGACUCAAUUGGCUAUCGGUUUGGCUUCAUUAAGUAGAAAUUCAAAAUUUGCCUCGAAUUACCAAAGAGGCUUAAUUUCCAAAGAUCAUUAUUGGGAAGACACUUUAGAAGAUUCAUUAAACUUAAUAUCGUUCUUACCAAUAUUAACAGCUAAGAUUUAUUCUAAACUUGUUAACGGGGGCAAACCUUUGGGAGAGUUCUCGGUGAAAAAUGAUUGGACUCUUAAUAUUUGCUCACUGUUAGGUAUGUCUAAUGGAGUUCAUUCAAGUAACCACUGUAACCUGAAUAAUGAACAGUCUAAGGAUUUUUUAAGUCUAAUGAGAUUGUAUACCGGUAUCCAUGUGGAUCAUGAAGGCGGUAAUGUUUCAGCACACGCUACUCAUUUAGUAAAUAGCGCCUUAAGCGACCCAUAUUUAAGUUAUUCAUCAGGGAUUAUGGGGCUGGCAGGACCAUUGCAUGGCUUAGCUGCGCAAGAAGUCGUUCGAUUUCUUGUGGAAAUGAACUCAAGGAUUUCUUCACCUCAAAACACAGGAGAAAUCGAAGAAUAUUUGUGGAAUAUAUUAAAUUCUAAGAAAGUAAUUCCUGGAUAUGGCCAUGCGGUGCUAAGAAUUCCUGAUCCGAGAUUUACGACAAUGUUAAAAUUUGCUCAAUCAAGAACAACAGAGUUUGAAAAUGAUGAAAAUGUCAUAUUAAUGCAAAAAUUAUCCACGGUCGUUCCCGAUAUCUUAAAGGAACAUGGCAAAUGUAAAAAUCCAUUCCCCAAUGUUGAUUCGGCUUCAGGAAUUCUUUUCCACCAUUUUGGGAUUAAAGACUUAUUAUUUUUUACUGUAAUUUUUGGCUGUUCCAGAUCUAUAGGACCACUUACACAAUUGGUUUGGGAUCGUAUUUAUGGCUUACCAAUUGAAAGACCUAAGAGUAUUAGUCUCACUACAAUGCAAAAUUUAUGCUAUCAAUCUUAG